UGACAACGUUGACGUCACGUGAUCCAACAUGGCGGCGCUUGCGUCCUUGAUGUUCAAGUCCAGAGCAGGUCUUCUGCUCCCUUGCCAGUCCUCUCUUGUGGACUGGGUGCGCUUUGCAUCCAAGAAGGCAGGCGGUAGCAGCAAGAACCUCGGGGGAAAGAGUCCCGGUCGCAGAUAUGGCUUCAAGAAAACAGACGGGAACUAUGUCCAUGCUGGCAACAUCCUAGCAACACAGAGGCUCAUGCGGUGGCAACCAGGAGCACAUGUGGGGAUUGGAACCAACAACACCCUUUAUGCCCUGGAGGAUGGCAUUGUCAGGUUCACUAAGGAGGUGUAUGUUCCAGCUCCACGCAGCACUGAGACAUUCAAGGUCAUCACCAAGCUGCCCACGGGAACUGUGCUCUACAAGACCUUUAUCAACAUAGUGCCCAACAAACAAGAGGGCAAGUUCAAACUGGUUGGCAUGUUCUAAAGACUGAUGACUCAUUCAUAUUCCACCCUGUGAAAGCUCAAACCCUACUUUUUCUAUGGACUUGGCGGAUUGAAAGGUUCUGUUCAACCGCGGACUCCUUUGUCGUGAAUGUUGUGGAACUGAGCUGCUGUGUGGUGAGGAGGAUUCUGGAAGUUCUGAGGGAAUUCCUCAAAGCUUCCUGUGUUGUUGUGGUGACCGUUGCCAUAUUGUCAUUGAUCCUGCACAAUUUGACUAUGGUCGAAAGUUUAAUCAACAGGCACCUACCUGACUUAUUGUGCUGUAAGAAAGAACUCCAUCCAAUAAAGUUUUUUAUAAACUGGGUGGUUUGAGCCCUGAA